AUGGCUGACGGUGUUUUCCAAGGUGCUAUUGGUAUCGAUUUGGGUACUACUUACUCAUGUGUUGCUACAUAUGAAUCCUCUGUUGAAAUUAUUGCCAACGAGCAAGGUAACCGUGUUACCCCAUCUUUCGUUGCCUUCACUCCAGAAGAGAGAUUGAUCGGUGAUGCCGCUAAGAACCAGGCUGCUUUGAACCCAAAGAACACCGUCUUCGACGCCAAGAGAUUGAUCGGUCGUCGUUUCGACGAGGAGUCUGUCCAGAACGACAUGAAGACCUGGCCUUUCAAGGUUGUCGAUGUCGAUGGUGCUCCAGUUAUCGAAGUCGAAUACUUGGGUGAGAACAAGCAAUUCUCCCCACAAGAAAUCUCCUCCAUGGUCUUGACCAAGAUGAAGGAAAUCGCUGAGGCUAAGAUCGGUAAGAAGGUCGAAAAGGCUGUCAUCACCGUCCCAGCUUAUUUCAAUGACGCUCAAAGACAAGCUACCAAGGAUGCUGGUGCCAUCUCUGGUCUAAACGUCUUGCGUAUCAUCAACGAACCUACCGCCGCUGCCAUCGCUUACGGUCUAGGUGCCGGUAAGUCUGACAAGGAAAGACACGUCCUGAUCUUCGAUUUGGGUGGUGGUACUUUCGAUGUCUCUUUGUUGCACAUUGCUGGCGGUGUCUACACUGUCAAGUCCACCUCCGGUAACACUCACUUGGGUGGUCAAGAUUUCGACACCAACUUGUUGGAACACUUCAAGGGUGAAUUCAAGAAGAAGACUGGUUUGGACAUCUCCAACGAUGCCAGAGCUUUGAGAAGACUAAGAACUGCUGCUGAAAGAGCUAAGAGAACUUUGUCCUCCGUCACCCAAACCACCGUCGAAGUCGACUCCUUGUUCGAAGGUGAAGACUUCGAAGCCUCUUUGACCAGAGCUAGAUUCGAAGACUUGAACGCCGCUUUGUUCAAGUCCACUUUGGAACCAGUUGAACAAGUCUUGAAGGAUGCUAAGAUCUCUAAGUCUCAAAUCGACGAAGUCGUUUUGGUCGGUGGUUCUACCAGAAUUCCAAAGGUCCAAAAGCUAUUGUCUGACUACUUCGACGGUAAGCAAUUGGAAAAGUCUAUCAACCCAGAUGAAGCCGUCGCUUACGGUGCCGCUGUUCAAGGUGCUAUCUUGACCGGUCAAUCCACCUCCGACGAAACCAAGGACCUAUUGUUGUUGGAUGUCGCUCCAUUGUCUUUGGGUGUUGGUAUGCAAGGUGACAUCUUCGGUGUCGUUGUCCCAAGAAACACCACUGUCCCAACCAUCAAGAGAAGAACUUUCACCACUGUCGGUGACAACCAAACCACCGUUCAAUUCCCAGUUUACCAAGGUGAACGUGUUAACUGUAAGGAAAACACUUUGUUGGGUGAAUUCGACUUGAAGAACAUCCCACCAAUGCCAGCUGGUGAGCCAGUCUUGGAAGCUAUCUUCGAAGUCGAUGCCAACGGUAUCUUGAAGGUCACUGCCGUUGAAAAGUCCACUGGUAAGUCCGCUAACAUUACCAUCUCCAACGCUGUUGGUAGAUUGUCUUCUGAAGACAUUGAAAAGAUGGUUAACCAAGCCGAAGAAUUCAAGGCUGCUGACGAAGCUUUCGCCAAGAGACACGAAGCUAAGCAAAGAUUGGAAUCUUACGUUGCUUCCAUCGAACAAACCGUCACUGACCCAGUCUUGUCUUCCAAGUUGAAGAGAGGUUCUAAGACUAAGAUUGAAGCUGCUUUGGCUGACGCUUUGAGUGCUCUACAAAUCGAAGAUGGUAGCGCUGAAGAAUACAGAAAGGCUGAAGUUGGUUUGAAGAGAGUUGUCACCAAGGCUAUGUCUUCCCGUUAA